CAAUAACCUUCGAAAUAGGUGUCCCGUGAAUGAUCGUAUUACUUUUCUGUGAAAGGGAAACUCAUUAUAUUGCUGCAAGAUUUAUAGAUGGGAACGUAUGAUCUUGGGAAAUCAAAGAAGGGAAAAGAACAUAAAAAAUUGAGGCUCACGCCAGUAUCUUUGGAUCGAAGUGUACGUACUACAGUAUGGCGUCUCUACUUAGCUGUUGCAGAAUAUCAAAUCGUCAAAACAUGUCAUGUCCAGUCACUGGAUUGAUACCAAGAGAGAAAAAUUCCAUCAGAGCAUCAUGGGCUCUCGUUAUGAAAGACUCGCAACUUAAUGGGCGUCUUUUAUUGAAAAAGUUGUUCAUCGUCCAUCCUGAUACGCAGCAAUACUUCCGAUUCCGAAAUGUCUCCGUGGAUAAUUUAGACGAGGACGCAAUAUUCCAAAGUCAUGCAUCAAAAGUAGUGUGUGCUGUGGACGCUAUUGUGAAUGGAUUAGACAAGUCUGAUGAUAUUGUUGACAUACUGCUAAAGACUGGACAAGACCAUGCUGGAAGAGGUGUACAGCCAUAUAACUACACGGAAUUCAAGGCAGUAAUGGAAUGUUUCCUGGUUGAACGACUUGGUACUCUCUUAACCGACUUUGAUAGGCGAUGCUGGGAGAAGCUACUCGACUUCAUUGUCCAGGGUAUCUUAACUGGCCACAAGAUGGCGUUUCGGGACAAUAAUAACGAACGUCGUUUGAGUAUCCCACUAUUCUAUCAAGGUUCUGAUGAUGUACAGGAAUGUCGUUCGAGUAUCCCACUAUCCUAUCAAGGCUCUCAUGAUGAACAGGAACAUCGUUUGAGUAUACCACUAUUCUAUCGAGGCUCUGAUGAUGUACAGGAACGUCGUUUGAGUAUCCCACUAUUCUAUCAAGGUUCUGAUGAUGUACAGGAAUGUCGUUUGAGUAUCCCACUAUCCUAUCACGGCUCUCAUGAUGAACAGGAACAACGUUUGAGAAUGUCGUUUGAGUAUCCCACUAUUCUAUCAAGGCUCUCAUGA